AUGGAUAAUUAUCCAAAAGUUUCUUUGGAAGGAAGGAAUGUUCCGAGUGUUGCCAGUCCCAGUGCAGCAGGAAGCAAAGAAGAAAAGAAAAUGUUGGAAGUAAAGAAGGAAACAUCACUGAGUAAGAGCAUGGCUGCAGGUGUGCAAUCCACCCCACCUGCAGGCAGACAGAGGAGAACAUCCCUGGAGAAGCAGACCAUGCAGGAGAAUCUGCAACAGUCUGUCCUGAUGCGGUCUGACCGCACACGUUAUGGAGGUGGGAACAGAGCAAAAGUCGCCAACACGACAGAUGAGACCAGAGGGAGUACUGCAGGAAGGCUUCAUGGGGCCACAAGUGCGGUCACUGGGAAGAACCAGGGGCCCAGUCACCAAUCUGGAGAUAGUGACCUCGCAGCAGUGACCACGGCUGCACCAAGUCCAGUGCAAGGACCAAGCAGAGGGACGCCUGUAAGGAGCCAUUCUGUGAGUACACUGCCGACACAGCCCCCCAAUACUCAGCGUGCACCAGAACUAAGUCUGGCCGAGCGGAUCCCAGCUCUGGUCAAGAGACUAGAGACAUUAAAAAAGACUAAACUACAGCUGCAGAAACAGAUAGAUUGUGUCUAUAAACUAAAGGCAGCAAACCCCAACAAUCAGGCUGUUCACGACAAGAAGCUGAGCUCCCUCGCUGUGCAGCUCGCUGACACUGUGCAGGACAUGGAGGCUGUAUUGGAGCAGAUGGGACCAGUCGCUGAAUCCUUCAGGAACCAGCAAAGACAUGAGGAAAGACCUGCGCCAGAACCAUCUCCAUCUAAACCCAGGUCUCUAACCUGUCCAGAUGACACCCAGCAGGCUUGUGCAAGACCAGUCCUCAGACCAGCCAGCUUCCCUUUUGAGAAAGGGAAUUUGUACAGAGAAGUGGAAGAAAGUGUCCAGCACCAGCAAAGACCUGCAGAGACUCCUCAAAAGGUACCACAAGUUCCAGCAGUUUGUACUGUGAAGCAGGACUAUGGACUCCAACCAGAAGGUAACUCUGCAGUAGCAGUGCAGUCACCACAAGCGCUGGGGGGCAGUAGAGAGCGGCAGGACUGUGGACUCUCGCCUGAAGGUAACUCUGCAGUAGCAGUGCAGUCACCACAAGUCCUGGGGGGCAGUAGAGAGCAGCAGGACUGUGGACUCUCGCCUGAAGGCAGCAGUGCAGCAGAGAGCUCACAGGUCAUGGCUCAGCAGGACUGUCGGGGCUCUGUACAGCAGGAUCAUACUGCCAGUGACUGCAUUGAUAUGACUGCAUGUGAUGUUACUGAUGAUGUUUCUGCAGAGGGGAGCGCUUCACAGUCUGUGUGGGAUUUGGGGUCAUCUCUAGACUCGGGUCCACCAUUGGGUCAGCCUUCAGAGGCUUGUGACCCGCAGAGUAUUAAGGAUGAUGGUGGGGAGGGGGCUGUACAGUCUGAUGCACAGCACUUCCCCCCUUUAGUUACACCAGAAGUGUCAGACCCCCAUAGUGCAGGUGGUCAGCAGCCACCACAGCGCCCCCAAGUUCAGCAGGAGGGUGGAACUGGUGGUGUCUCCUCUGGUAAUGCCUGGAGCCGUGGGUCACCAUCCUUCACAUCUAAUGUGAACUAUACAGGUCAGGCUUUUAAGAGGAGGAACGUGGUCAGGUUCAGACAUAGAGGGGCCAAGGAGGAGUUGCCUGACAGGAGGUUUGUGGUCCGUGAACUUCUGUGCCACCAAAUGGGUUUCCUGCCAUCUAACAUCCUGACAGACAGGG